CGGCUGGAGAGUCAUUUGACGUGAGAAAGGCGGCCGGUGACUACCGACGACAUGGACCUCAGCGUCGCCGGCAAGAUGACCACCAGCCCCUCAAGUCGCAUUCUGUACGACAUCCCGUGUAAGGUGUGCCAGGACCACUCGUCCGGCAAGCACUACGGCAUCUUCGCCUGCGACGGCUGCGCCGGCUUCUUCAAGCGCUCGAUCCGCCGGAACCGGCAGUACGUGUGCAAGGCCAAGGAGGCCGGCGGCUGCCUGGUGGACAAGACGCACCGGAACCAGUGCCGCGCCUGCCGACUCAGCCGCUGCAUCCAGGCCGGCAUGAACCGAGACGCGGUUCAGCACGAGCGGGGCCCGCGGAACUCGACGCUGCGGCGCCAGAUGUCGCUGCUGUACGGCGAUGGCGGCCACUCUCCGGGCUGCUCGCCGCCCCCGCCCCCGCCCUCGUCAGCGGCGGCCGAGCUGAGCCGUCCGGCGGCGGAGCGGGCCGGGGAGCCGGCCGGCCGGGCCAACUCCAGCAGCCCCCAGCCGGCCGGCGAGCCGCCGCUGCCGCUGCCGGCGCCGCCCACCAGCGCCGCGCUCCCCUACCUGCCCAUACCAAAGUACGGUCGCGGCGAGUUCCUGCUGCCGCUGGUCAGCUCGCCGGAGACGCUCUGCGAGUCAGCCGCCCGUAUCCUGUUCGGAAACGUGGACUGGUCCAAACACCUGCCGGCCUUCACCGCGCUGCCCUACCGGGACCAGGUGGUGCUGCUGCAGGAGAGCUGGCGGGAGCUGUUUGUGCUCAGCCUGGCGCAGACCGUGCUGCCCGUGGAGGUGGAGCCGCUGCUGGCGCUCGCCGGAGCCGCCGUCCACCAGUCCGCCGAGCACGUGCUGCCUCUGCUCAAGGAGGUCGGCCAGCUCAGAGAGGUGGUGGCUCGCCUGCGCGCCCUCCGUGUCGACCCCACCGAGUACAUGUGCCUCAAGUGGAUCGUCCUCUUCAAAACAGAGUUCCCGCGCGGCGGCUCUCCGUUGCGGGAGCUGCAGCAGGCGGCGGCCGUGAGCGUGCUGCAGGACCAGGCGCAGCUCACGCUGACCCGCUAUAGCGCAGCCGCCUACCCCACGCAGCCCACCCGGCUGGCCAAGCUGCUGCUCGUCACCGCCACACUACGGGACGUGCCCGCCGCGCUCAUCGAGCAGCUCUUCUUCAAGAAAACCAUCCGAGACAUCCCCAUCGAGAGGCUCAUCACCGACAUGUUCAAAAAGAACGAACUCUGAAAUUAGAAACGGUGAAAGGACUGAUGGUAAAAAUAGGUGGUUGUUUGGAAUAUAUUGUAGACUAUUUUAUUGGUAUUUUUGUCCGGAUAUAUGUGUGCAUGUGCGUCGGUGUGCGUUAUGUUUUUGUAUUGCGUAGGUGGUGCGCCGUAUGCGUGUGCGUGUUCUCGGCUGAUUUUUAAUAAUCACCUGGACAAUUGUUAAGGACGGCUUGCAUAUGUAGCGUGUUUGCAACGUGUUUAAUUUGUAGUUCGAACAGUCGUGGGCAUCCUUGGCAAAGGACGCCACUCGGGUUGUAGUGCCCCACUGUAACUGUUGUGUUUGCGUUUACGCACUUUCUGUUCUGGCCCAGCGGAGGUCAGCUAAAGCGGCGUCAGUACCUACUUAUAGUGCAGACUGCAGAGCGUCUCUGAACAGUUUGUCUUUGUGUGCACUGAAACCUGUUACCAUGUACGAGUAAAUACUUACUUACCUCUUUCACAAACAUACUGGGGUGCAGAACCGGCGGAAAAUACAUGCUU